AUGGAGAUGGAUGUGCUGGAUACAAGCGACCCCUUUUCACUGAAAGGCGACAACCCCACUCUGGACCCAGACCUGUAUGACGCUGACAGCCAUGACAUCCCAGACCCUGGGCUGCUCAAGGGAAAGAACGAGCCAUCAACCUCGGAGCGGGUCUCGCAGCUUUUUACCCGGUGUCUCAAUAUGACCCCAACCACCCGUGCUCGCCAGCUGUGGCUGCUCCUGCGCGCAAGCCUCCACAGCUUUGUGGAAAAGGAAAAGAGAUCCGAGUUGCGUGUGGCUCGCUUGACGCACGGACUGGAGCCACUGCGCCGCCUGGAGGUGGCAGCCGGGCUGUGCUCGGUGGCGCAGGACCCGGUGGGUAGACGAUUCGUGGUGCUGGACGGCGCAGGCCGCCUGCACCUGCACAGAGAGGACGGCUGGGCUCAGGAGAAGCUGCUGGUCCCCGUUGCCCUCAGGGGGCUGGUGGCAGUGCCGGGCCCGCUGGGCUCUGUGGGCCGCUUUGUGGGCUGGGGCCCCGCAGGGCUGGCCAUACUGAGGCCAGACCUCAGCGUGCUGUGGCUGAGCGAGCCAGGGGCGCAUCGGGCGCCCCACCGCGAGCCCGUCUGCUGCCUGCCAGUGCCCGAGUUGGGGCUGCUGCUAGUAGCGGAGGCGGGCGGCAGCCUGGCGCUCUGGAAGUUCCGUUUAGGUGGUCGCCGUCUGGCUCCCAGUGGGUCACCUCUACAGCCCGCGCCAAGCUCCACCCACGCGCCAAGCUCCACCCACGUGCUCUCUCGCCUGGCUCUGGGGCCCCUGCCUCCCCACCAGCCUCCACGCUGCUUCGCAGCCUACGGCUCGGCCGUACUCACCUUUGAUCUGCACACCUGGGCUAUCGUAGGUGUGAGCCGGGAUCUGCACAAAACCACCAUCUCGGACGUAGCGUACUGCGGAGAGGUAGAGGCCGUGGUGACAGCUUCCCAGGACAGCACCGUGAAGGUGUGGGAGGCCGACUGGCAGAUCCGGAUGGUGUUUGUGGCCCACACAGGCCCGGUGACCGCUCUGGCUGUGCUCCCAAACACAUCCCUCGUGCUGUCGGCCUCACAGGACGGGACGCUUCGCACGUGGGACCUGCAGGCGGUGGCACAGGUGGGCGAAGUGACGCUGCGCUACUGGGGUCAGGAUAUGAGGUCAGAGGGCGUGGACCGCCUCCUGGCGCCCGCGGGCCCCAGCUGGCCGGUGCUCUCCUUGCGUGCGGGCAGCGUGGAGCUGUGGCGCCUGCGCGAGCUCUACUCGCCCUUGGCCCAGCUGUCCGCGCCAGUGCUCCACCUGCAGGUGGCGCCGGCGCUGCCCUUGCCCCCGCACCCGCCUCUGCCCGCGCGCCUCGUGUGCGCAUGCACUGACGGUUCCGUCUACCUGGUGUCCGUUGCUACGGGGCUUACCGUGAGCGCGCUGCUGCUCGAGCCCGAGGACUGCGCGGCCGCCGUAGCUUACUGCUUGCCGCGCGAAACGCUGUGGCUGCUAAACCGCGCCGGGGACCUGGUGUGCGCCACCGCGGCGCGCCACCCCAUGUGCGAGUUGUACCGCGCGUGCCCGCCACCGCCCCCAGCGCCCAGGCCCUGCUGCCUGCACCUCUACAGCCACCUCACAGACCCCGGCAGUGCGUUUGCCAGCUGGGAGAUCGUGCGCAAGCACGGGGGCGAACUGCGCCGCAGCGACACCCAGGCCUGGAAGGACAAGAACCGGUACCUGCCGGUGGUGGGACACACAGACGGCAGCCUGUCAGUGCUGGAGUGGUGCACAUGGAGGCCUGUCUUCCACACGCAGGCGCACGGCCACGAGCCAGUCAUCGCCAUUGCAUCUACCUGGAACAGCAUUGUGUCCUCGGGCGGAGACCUGACCGUGAAGGUGUGGCGUGUCUUCCCCUACGCCGAGGAGAGCCUGAGCCUGCUGCACACCUUCUCCUGCUGCCACCCUGCCCGGGCGCUCUGUGCGCUGGGGAAGCGUGUCACCGUGGCCUUUGAGGACCCAGACAGUGCCACUUACGGUCUGGUGCAGUUUGACCUGGAAAACAGCGAGCGCUAUGACCACCGGCCCCAGGACGACCCCGUGGACCACAUCACUGGCUUGUGCUGCUGCCCCACGCUCAAGCUGUAUGCCUCCUCCAGCCUGGACCGCACCAUCCAAAUCUGGACUGCAGACAACCGCCUGCUGCGGCUCCUGCAGCUGAAUGGAGCCCCUCAGGCCCUGACCUUCUGCAGCAACAGCGGGGACCUGGUGCUGGCCCUGGGCUCCCGCCUUUGCCUGGUAUCCCACAGGCUCUACCUGCCCACAUCCUACCUACUUAAGGAGCUGUGCCAGAAGGUUCCCGAUGUGGUGGAUGACCCUCCGUUGCCGCUGACCAGCCGGGAGUCACUGACCGCAGCCCAGCUGCAGAGGCUCGCCAGCCUGCAUGGGGUGGCCAGUCUCAGCACAGCCUCGUCCUUCACCCGUUGCCAGACGGCAGCACCUCAGCAGCCAGUGCUGGAGGAGGACCUGGAAGCCUUGGUUGCCCGGGACCAAGACCUUCAGCAGCUGAGACUGGGGCAGGUGGUCCCAGCAGCUCGGCGCCCGCCCUCCUGGCAGCAGCAGCAGGAGGCCUUUGACAACUAUCUGCGUCUGAUCUACGGCCCAGCCCUGCUGGGCAUGCAUUCCGGACCCGAGUGGCAGCCGCUGAGCGCCGUGACCCUCCGAGCAGAGAGAGAAGCCGGGGGUGUGUGCGCCCUGCCCCAAGCCGCCCCCGCCCUGCCCCUGCAGGAGCGGCGGGCACGGGGCCGGUCCUUUGCGCGCCCUCGCCGAGUCACCUUUCCCACCCCACCCACCCGCCAGGAAGGACCCAGCAGGGCGUCACAGCUGCUGGCCCGCCCCUCCCCGGGCCUCGGUGUGGACCCGCAGCUGCGGUGGCAGCAGCCCCACCAGGAGAGGCCUGCGGCUGCAGACCCACCGCCUUCCCACCUGCGGCACAGGGUGCCCCUGCUGCUGGAAAGGCGGCCCAAGGAGCUUCUCUCUAACCUCAGCGGCUUCUUUCCUGCCACCGUUCAGCCCUACAAGGACCUGCCGAGGCCCAUCCACUUCCCUGGCUGGGUCCCGAACUCCGUGGUGCUGCAGCAGAUGUGGCUGCCCAGGGAGGUCAGCGGCCCAGGAGCCCAGGCCCGGCUCCUCAGCCGGGGCUCAUUCAAGUCAGCAGGGAGCCAGCAGGAUGAUUUGUGGCUGUCGCGGGGCAGGCGGUACCACACCAACUGGCGGCAGAAGCCGGCCCAUUUGUUGGAUGAGGAAGAGGAGGAGGAGGAGGAGGAGGAAGAGGAGGAGCAGCUGGAUCUGGACUGGGCCUCGGACUACCUGAGCUCCGACACGGAGCUCUCCCAGGAGCUGCGGGGGUCCGAGGAGCCAUCAGCGCAGAGUUGGGAGUCCUUGGCCAGGAGGCACUCCGGAGACAGCGCUGCCAGGACCAGGAAGGAGACCGACUUACACCCCCGCUGGUACCACCGUGAGCACUCGCUCUUGGAAGAGCGCUACGCGCAUCUGCCCGGGUUCCUGCGUUUCUUUGUCAUCCAGAACUGGUUCAAAAAGCUGUUCCCCAUCUUCACCCUGGAGGCGUACCCCGAGGUGGGCACAGUGGAUGGCCUGGUCUCUCUGCUCAUGGACCUGCUGGAGGAGGCCUCCUGGGAGGACCGCGUGCACAUCCUGCAGGCGUUGCUGAGGCUGCUUCCGGAUGUGAGCAGACACCUCUGUAUCAGGUUGCAUGACCUCCUUCUGCACCUGCUCAACCUGGACCAGCCCCCCAGCCUCCAGGUCAAGUCGCAGAAGCAGUUCGUGAUCCUGGCGCUGGAGCUGGUGUUGGCCUGCUCCUUGGAGUCCCAGGAGGUGGUGCUGGAGCUCUUGUCCUACUCCCUCUACUCUCCAGCCUCCUGCCGGCCUGAGCUCAAGAAGCUUCUGGACGGGCUAGGCCUGCAGGACCCGGACGGCUUCCUCUUCAGUGAGAUGGUGACCUGGGUCCAGGGCCCCGACCUGGACUCCAAGGCCGUGCUGCGCAGCCGCUGUUGCGAGAAGCUGGAGGAAAUGAUCCACUGCCUGAAGACCGAAACCUCACAGGCAUCAGUAGCCAAGUUGUCGGGGAUGCUGUCCAAUGUCUCGGAGACGUCAGUGCUUUCGCCCUCCCCCAAAGAGGCCCUGUUGCCGAUUCCCAUGGUCUCCGGGGCACCCAUUCACAUCCCUGUGACGCCCUCGGUCCACUCCUGGAUGCCCUCUCUGGUGGUCUCGCCCGGGGAGCCGGGCUCGGCCACCCAGGAGUCCCAGUGGCCGCUCUCGCCAGUGCACGCCUGGCGCACCUCCCGCACGCUCUCCGAGACGCUGCUGCCCUUCUCCUCCCUGCCUGAGGUCCAGCUGCCUUCCUUGGCGCCAGAUGCACUGCCCAACCACCCACUGCCAUUGGAGCAGACGGACUGGUCACAGUCAAAGAUGCUGGACCUGGAGCCGAUCGACGCGCUCAACUUCUUCUGCGAGCUCCAGCGGGCACGGCAGCCGAGCUUCCUGCACCAGGAGGAGCCUGAGAGCCCGUGCUUGAGCCCUGGAACACCGGGGCCCAACGCCGUGGUGCCGUGUCCCCGCCACCGCCUGCCCGACCCCAUGCUACGGCUGCAGGAGACCAAGAUCUGGAAGUCUCCAAAGAGAGAGAGGGGCCAAAUGCUGCCCCGGCACCGGGAGGGCCGCACCCUCGAAGUCUCCAUCCGGACGCUGAAGCUGCCGCUGCCUCGGGUGGAACUGCGGCCCUUCCCCUCGGGCUGGCCCCGGCCUGCCCGCCCGCGGCCGCCCCUGCUCCUGCAGCCUUCCCUGCAGCGCUACUUUCUGCCAGACGACGCGGACCCAGCCAGCUACGGCUGA